AUGGUCAGCUCAAGCUGUGCUGCGGCGACGGCCUGCUACGCACUCCCCAUCCUGGCCUGUGCCUUCUACAGCCUCCUGUCUCUCCUGGAUAGGGUGGACAUUCUACCCAUCCUGCAGAAACUUCAGCGGUUCUUCGAAAGGGACAGCGCGGAACCGACUCGCGAAACUCACGAUGGCGAGAGCCCGGAUCCAGUGGUCAAGGCGGGGCAAUGGCCAGCCAUGUCGGUAGACUUUGCGAAGCCAUCGAUUGGCCUGUUGUUGUGGUGCUGCUUUCCUGUUCUGGGGUAUGCGGUGGUCCGCAGUCUGAGUGGCUGCGAGCAGUGGUUUUGCUGGCAAGUGGAGGCGCAAACAGCCUCUUCCCAUGUCCGCAACCUUCUCCAUCUGCUGGCUGCAAGCAUUCUGCUGGCCUGGCUUUGCAAUAUCCCCCCAAGCACAUCACGGCAUCGUGCCUUAUUCACGUCUGUGGCAGUCUGCGAGUUUCUGAUCAACAAGGCCAUCUGGGAUAACUGCGAGGACUACAUGGCUCACAGCCUCUCUGUUGGCAGUACCUUCGGCAUGUUCGACAUCUUCAUUGCCUUGACCACCAUCCUCACACUGGUGGUCCACACGUGCGAAGGACUGCCCUGCCUACGCCGAUGUUUCCAGAGGCUGUCGCAAAAAUUGGGAAUGGCAGCGAAUCAGCCCGCCGAGUCCAGUGAGCAACAUCAGCAGAACGAGCAGAGUCCUCACUUUCCUCACCUCUACUUGAGCGCGUAUGGGCAGCGGAAUUAUCUCAUCUACUUGGGCCUCCUUGUGAUCUUCCACGGCGGCCUCUUCAUGGCCUUUCCAGACACGAUCCACGCGCAUCACUACUGGCUGGGCGUCGUCGUGGCCUCCUGCUGCAUCUUUCCAACGCCCCUGUCGAGGCUGAUGCUCCUGAAGUCUGUAAUGAUGGCCAUCGAUGGUAUUGGGGUAUGGGGUGCAGAUGCCAUCGUGGGCAAGGACGACGGUAACAUGUCUGAGAGCGAUGCUGACUACCGUCUGAUGUUAUGCGUGCUUGUCGUCGGGGCGUUUGCGCUGGCAGUCUGUGUCAACUUACGACGCGAUCCACGCCUGAACGCAUGGAUAACUGCCGGCCAGAGGCAGCGAGCCACAGACACUGAGUGA